UCUACACACUUCAUCCUAAAAAAUGCCUUUGUUAUGGUGAUAUUCAAACAAAACAGUAUUUAUUUUGCAGUCCCUGAGUCAUGUUUACGUAUAGCUAUGCAGCUGAUCACGAAGAUUUUCUGAAUCAUCAUACGUUUAGAACCAAAGGAUCCCUUCUUUAAUGUACAUCAAAACACUCACACAAUCAAAAACCACACAUUAUUUUCCUGCCAAAAAAUUAAGAGUACAGACACCGUUGUGUUGGGUGCAGAUGCCCACUUUGCAUGCUACACCAUGGCGACUGGUGAAAGCACGUCACAUGACGCAUGGUGCCAGACUUCAGUGUUGCACUCUUAAGUGGCCUGCCAACUGCAGAGGGGGGCAGAGAGGCAUCCUUCUUCUCUGGAUUCACAUCCAUGCCAAACCAGCGGGUCAACAUUGUCCUCUACGCUGCCUCCUAUGCCUCUUACACCUCCUGCUGAGCCGGUCAUCAGUGGACACAACAGAGAGACAACAGAAGACCCGGAACUAAAGAUGAACUGGGCAUCGUUUUAUGCAGUCAUCAGCGGUGUGAACAGACACUCCACAGGCAUUGGUCGCAUCUGGAUCUCUGUCCUGUUCAUUUUCCGAAUCCUGGUUCUGGUGGUUGCAGCGGAGAGCGUGUGGGGUGACGAGAAGUCCGGCUUCACCUGCAACACCCAGCAGCCGGGCUGCAACAGCGUCUGCUACGACCACUUCUUCCCCAUCUCCCACAUCCGCCUCUGGGCACUCCAGCUCAUCCUGGUCUCCACUCCUGCCCUGCUUGUAGCCAUGCACGUGGCCCACCGCCGCCACGUCGACAAGAGGCUCUACAAACUCUCAGGGCGGACCAACCCCAAAGACCUGGAGCAGAUAAAGACUCAAAAGAUGAAAAUCACAGGGGCUCUCUGGUGGACGUACGUCAUUAGCCUGUUGUUCCGUAUUGUCUUAGAAGUGAUCUUUAUGUAUUUGUUUUAUAUGAUCUACCCUGGUUACAAGAUGAUCCGGCUGGUGAAGUGUGACUCGUACCCCUGUCCCAACACAGUGGACUGCUUCGUGUCGAGGCCCACAGAGAAGACUGUCUUCACUGUGUUCAUGCUGACUGCGUCAGGGGUUUGUAUUCUGCUCAACAUUGGAGAAGUGGUGUUCUUGGUGGGGAAGGCCUGCAGUAAGCAUUUGCACACUGCUGGAGACUCGACUAUGGGGGCUUGGAUCCAACAAAAGCUCUGCUCGUUCUAAUAAAACACGCAGAUUUCAUACUUGCACAUAGGGAGAUAUGUAUGCGACUUUAGAUCCAGGUGACAGCCAAUAAUAUAACUUGUGAGUACACCAGACUUUUUUGCUGAUUUAAAUCCAACUCUGUGUCAUGGCAGUGUGGGCAGCAGUGUUGGGGAAGUUACUUUUAAAAAGUAGUGUUUGCUCGUUACUCGUUACUUCUUAAAAAAGUAAUCCGUUACUUAGUUACCCACUAUGAAAAGUAACUUUUUACUUUACUCAUUACUUUUACGUUACUUUUAAAAGCAGGCAUUUUUUGGCAGAGACUGAAGUUAACUAUACAAAAACUAUGACCAUAAAGCCAAUCUCUGGUUUAUCAGUGAAGUGUCUGAACUACACUGCAGACUGGAUUCUCUACUCACAUAGUGACCGCUGAUUCAUUAUGAACGAGUCCAGCACGGGUUGAAUGCACAUCAGCAGGUCAUCGGCGUUACACGGUGUUAGUGUAUGUAAUAUUUAUAUUGACUUGUACCGGUUGUGCAGCCACAAUGGUCCGUGCAUUGUCGUAUAGACAUGCAGCCUCUUUUCUGGAAAUCCUUGCAUGUCCGUGCAACCGACACAAGUCCACAGUGCGUGUAUGUAUGAGGCCAACUCCACCGCAUCCAUCAGUGAGGUUGUCAGCUUUGUGUCUGCCUGGCUCAGAGCGCCAUCCAGCAAAAAGCCACAAAGCUUAAAACACUCUCAAAAGUUAGUUUUGGCUGCUUCUCGCUUGCAAUGAUUACUCUGCUACCAGCCUCUGUCACGUACCAUGUGGAGCUCGUAAGUGCGCAGCUGAGAAGGCAGUGUUGCUGUCAGAUCUGUCCCUGGGUUUCGUUACCAAAUUUUCAGUAGUAGCGCAUUACACUACUUUUUACCCGAAAAAGUAGUUACGUUACUGUAACGCGUUACUCCCAACACUGGUGGGCAGUUUGUGCAGAUGAACUGUGUGUGGCUUCUCUCAAUGGCUGAGGUGCAUGGAGCUCCCAGCUAAGCAGAGCAGCCAAGGUCUGCCGAGAUCCGCUGGGUGACGCAAAAUGACGCAGAUCUCGGCAGACAUCGGCAGACCUUGGCUGCUCCAUAUUCCGUGCACUGGUGCCACAUGGGGAAGCCAAAGUUGUUCAUCAAAAUACACUGCCCACACAAAGAUGACACAGAGCUGGAUUCAAAUCGGAAAAGUAUCCCUUAAAGAUAAUACUUCAAAGAAUUCCUGCAGGAACUACAGUCUACUGUAUCAACAUUUUCUGCCAUGAACUUAAAGACUGUAUACAGCAGCACUUUGUACUGACAUAACAUAAUAAUAGCUUGAUGUUUGGCCAGAUGAAGAUCAAUUAAGUAACAUUUUAUGAAACAAUAUUCCAAACGACCACAUUAUAGGCUUUCACUAUAAUGGACUUAGAUGUUGAUGAAGAAUUUUGGUCUUGAAAUGAAAAUAUUAAAUCAUGAAAUGUGACUCGUGCUAAUUUAAAACCAUCAGAUUGUGUCAGAGAAGUGUAACGGAAAUACGAUGUAGUAAUAUUUUAAUAUAUAAUAUUUCAUUAUUUACAUGAUCGCAAACGACAUGCUUCUGCCUAAAUCACCAUUGACUGAAUCUAAGGGAAUGGAGGAUGUAUGGCUUUUCUUCCGCUGUUAUUAGUGAGAUGUUAUACUAAUACAUGGAAAACAUGUGAAAUGUUUGUUUCAUACUGAUUCUUUACUUUGGUGGUUAAAUGGUUCCUUCAGAUAUAAACAAAGCAAUAACUCACAACAUAAAAAAAAACUUGAAUUGCAAACUUUUUGUUUCCUGAAGUUUACUAGUGAUUGCUAAACAUGUUAUUUAAAUUCAUUUACUUUGAAGCUGGAUGUUUAUAUAUUGUCUGUACACAGCAGAAUAAAAUCAACCGGAGUUUGUGUAA